AUGUCUUCAACUAAUACUUCAAACUGUAACAACUGCCAAGAUUGCCAAUGCAAUGUCUGUGAAUGUUCAACAUGUGAAUGUUCUCAAUGCCCAGGAAAAUCAUGUAAAUGCAUAGAUUGCAAAUGCACAGAUUGCAAAUGUUCUGAAAAGAACAAUAAUAACUGUGGAUGUUCAGAAAAGCCAAAGAACAAUUGUGAAUGCUCUGAGAAAAAAGACAAUUGUGAAUGUCCUGAGGUAAAAAACAAUUGUGAAUGCUCAGCUGAAAAGAGCACUGCCUGCAACUGUAAUGGCAGUAAAGAUUCAAGUUGUACAUGCCAAGAUUGUACCUGUGCUUCAGCUAAAUGCGGCUCUUGCUCUCCAUGCAAGUGUGAAGAAUGCAAAUGUCCUACAAAGAAGGGAUGCUCAUGCUAA